UCCUGCUUCUCAUACAGCAGACAGAUCUGCAAAGAACAUAUCAUCCAAACUGAGGUCUGAAAGUUUAAAUUACCAGAAAAUGGUGCAUUCAUUGUGUCUCGUAUUUUUUAUCUGCAUCUGGUUUCCUCUUAAAACAGCGUGCAACCAAGAUAAGACUACUGAAGAAGAAAAUAUUGUUCCAUUACUUAAAGAUUUCAAAAUCAACCUUUCUCCUGGACUCAUCAAUAUUACCUGGAACUGCAAUAUAACAAAGUCCAUGGAGGCAUAUUAUUAUAAGGUCAAUCUUCAGAAAGGACAUCGUGUAACGCUGAACGUGUCCACCUAUACAUAUAUAUACAAGAUUCCUGAAAAAAUAGAAUUCACAAUACACAAAGGGUUGAGUGCCCAACUUUUAGUAUUCAAGUCUAAGAACAUUGUAUAUCGUGGUGAAACGAUAAUAUAUAUGCCUGAAGGUAAGAAUAAUUCGGCUGCUGACAAUUUUGCCUGCAUGAUAUACAAUGUUUACAUCAUGAACUGCUCCUGGACUGUGGGCAAAGAAGCCCCUGAAGAUACUCAAUAUUCUUUGGUUCUCAGGCAGGAGAAUGUGUUCAUCAAGUGCCAAGACUACAGAACCGAUUCCUUUGGGAGACAAGUAGGAUGUGUGUUAAACCGUCCAAAUAUUACUUUCAAAUUUAAAGUUUACGUAGAAGUGUUGGGAUUAAGCAACCAAACUUCAAUUCAGUUCUUCGAUCACCUAUAUGAGCCAAUUCAUGAUGUCAUUUUAGAUCCUCCAAGAAACAUAACGUUAACAUAUAAUUCAGAUGAACUUGAAAUUAAAUGGCAAAAGCCAGAGACGCAUGACAAAAUUGAAGAAACCUGCUUCAUGUACAGUAUUAGAAUCAAACACAAAGGGGGAAUUGACAUUGAGGAGACUAAUGAAUAUGUCUAUAAAACUGCUAAAUUCCAUCAGAAUGAAAAACUUAGUGUAACCAUGGGGGCAAAAUGGCAAGAUUGCUCAAACUAUCAGGAGUGGAGUGCAUGGAGCGAACCACAUACAAUUGGAUACGAUUCUGCAGAGUUAACACUUUAUCACAUUUUGACUGUACUAGGAGUAGGCACAGCUAUUAUUCUUAUUUUUAUUCUAUUUCUAUGCUACAGGUUCAGAAUAUGGAAGAAACUGUUUCCACAAGUUCCUAAGCCCUCAUUAAAAUUAUUUUACCAAGUCGAACAAAAAGAAAAAUCCGAGCAAAGCAAGUCUGUAGUUGAAAUUCCAUUCUUGAAAAAAGAUGAAGAUGAAUUCAUAUGUUCUUAUGUCACUGAAAUUCCAGAAAAUCUCUAAACCUAAAAGGUUUAUUCCUAUCAAGACAUUUAUGACACAUUCAGAGGAUAUACUAUAAACGUCCAGUAGAUGCCUGUCCCACCUCUGGACCCUACUCCUAUGUCAAGAAAUGGACCCCGUCAUGUGCUGCAGUGGAUAAAGAGAAGGCUGUUCACUCCAUUGACUGCUAUGAGACUUCUGAGAGCCAUGCAUGUGUAGCCUUCUCUUCAUUCACUGCAGUACACAAAGGGAUCCUGUUUUUGAGAUGGGAGUGUGUCCCAGAGGUGGGAUCCAUACCUACAGCACGCAAAGGGUUCCUGUUCUUGACAUGGGAGUGUGUCCCAGAGGUGGGAUCCAUACCUAUUAGACAGAUGUCCAGAUGUAAAAUCCCCCUUAAAUAGGAAUUCAGAAACAUGUGGGAGAUUAAAGGAAAGCUGGCAAUUCAUGGGCAUUAGAUAAAACAAUAUGGCUGCCACUACAGUUCUUCUCAACCAGCUUUUUAGACUACUGUAGGACAAAUUUCCUAAGUUAUGAAGUGAUUCUGUAUAUAACCCUGCCCUUUAACUGUAUCACUUGGCAUAUUUAGUCAUGGUAAGCAGGUUCUAAAGCUAAUGAUGGUUAUAGAGCUUUGAUGGUGGCCAUAUCAUUCUGUUCCCCACAACAACGAAAGCCUGAAUAAACUAUUAAAGACUACACAGGAAGCUACUCAGAGAUUUCCUUUAAGUCAUCUCCUGCUGUUAAUAAUCUUCUGAUUUAACCAUAUACUUAUUAACUUUAAAGUGUCACUGAACAUUGAAAAAAAAUAGGGGCUGCCACCUUCUAGAUAUUGUUGAUCUAUGUGUUUGUGAGAUGAUUAAAAGUAAUUUACUAAUAUAGCCUUUGUUGAAAUUCUGCAC